AUGCAGGGGGGGGCAAGCUAUCCUAUCCUGCGAAUGCUCGUUUUGGAGCUUCUGGAAGCUCUCGGGGUUUGCAGAAGAGAAGUGACCUCAUGGCACUUGGCUCGUCUUACAACCCUCGCCGACGCCCUGCCAUCUCCGCCUCCGUCUCAGUCACUAGACAGCUGCCCGCGAUCCCGCGAGAACGGCACGCCAGGUCGCCCAUCGCGGCCGGCCAACAUCACGCCUGGCCGGGACGCCCUUGGCCUGUCUGGGUCUCCCAUCUUGCGGGCCUCCACCUUGUCUGGCCUUCUGGCCGUACGGUCUGUCGGCCCAUCAAUGCGCCUCAACUCUCUUCAUGUUGACAGCCCUCAUUGGUCCUGGAUCGUCGACGUGACGCCAGCCUUCACUUCAGCUGCCCUUCUAUCCGUCCAGCCUGUUGGUCGCGACCGGGCCACGGCUACUCCUGUGGCGCCAUAA